UAAGCUUCUUCUUAAACCUUUUACUUUGUAGAUCACCAAAACCUCUUCAUUCCAAUUAUUCUUUGAACAUUUAUCAAAACCAAAGAAAGGGAAAGAAUGGAUUAUUACGAAUACCCAUCUCGUUUUUCUAUGUCUUCAUUUUCUUUGUUUGGAGAUUUCAUUGAAAAGGUUAAAGAUUUUUGCAAUUUUGCCGUUUCUGCCGUCAUUGGGAACAUUUUCUCUGCCAUCUUAACUUUCUUCUUUGCAUUCGUGGGCACCUUGUUGGGGGCCAUGACGGGGGCUUUGAUAGGGCAAGAGACGGAGAGUGGGUUCGUUCGAGGGGCUGCAGUUGGGGCUAUAUCUGGAGCAGUUUUCUCAAUCGAAGUCUUUGAAUCUUCUCUUGUUCUUUGGCAAUCUGACGAAUCUGGGAUAGGAUGUUUGCUUUACUUGAUUGAUGUCAUUGCAAGCCUUCUAAGUGGGAGGCUUGUUCGUGAACGAAUUGGUCCAGCUAUGCUGAGUGCGGUCCAAAGUCAGAUGGGAGCUGCUGAACCAACAUUUGAGGAGGUCCAGAACAUCUUUGACACUGGUGAUGCUAAAGGAUUGGCUGGAGAUUUGGUUGAAAAAAUCCCAAAGAUAAUAAUCACAAACAAUAACAAUGUAGAUGCUUCUGGGGAGAAAGUUUCCUGUUCAGUUUGCCUUCAGGACUUUCAGCUUGGAGAAACAGUUAGGAGCUUGCCGCAGUGCUGUCACAUGUUCCACCUGCCUUGCAUAGAUAAGUGGCUUCUUAGUCAUGGUUCUUGUCCAUUGUGCAGAAGGGAUCUGUAAUUUUAUUUUUGUAAAUUAUACAAUUAGAAGAGUUCCUUAUAAUUUAUUUAUGCCGUUGUUACUUGGCGGGGGCUUGUGUUUUUGUUCGUCAAAUGCUUGCCUACUCUGUCUCUCUGAGUAGUCUAUGUACGUCUUCUCGCGGGAUUGAGCAUUUUACUCAAUUAGCCCUUUGUAUAAAGUUUUUUAUUUACAGUUCUGAAAUUUCUAAUUGUCUAUCUUGCUAUGCUGACUCUUGUUCUCUCCGUAAAUGAGUGUUGUAAAACGAGUGGCAGUGCAUUCAUAUGAUGAGGGCGUAGUUACUUCAGUUCUCAAGAGGUUUCAUUCUGGAUUGAGACCUAACCUCCAGUUUUCUAAUUGCAGUAAUUCUGGAUAUAGAAAAGCAUUUAAUAGAUUCAAGGCAAAGGAUGCGGUUCAGAAUUCAGAUCCAAAUGUAUUUAUUAUCUGCUGAUUGCUGCUUCUGCUUAUAGGCGAGAAUCUUUGUGUCUUACUAUUUUGGCAAGAAUAAUAGUAUAAAAAAUUAUC